CUGUUGUAAAUAUUUUAUAGUUGUUGAUCAGUUCAGUUGUUCAGUAUUCCAUCGGCUAUCAAAACCGGCUGUUGUCCGCAGUGUGGUUUGUUUCGUAUUUCUGUUUAGAGCAACAGACGAACCAUGAGGAUGUUCGCUCUAUCAACAGCGUUCUGCAACACCAUGCAGCUGUUGACGUUGCUAACAUUGUUGUUGUUUGCGGUAAGAUCGUCCAGCGAGGGACAGAAGCCACCAGUGAAACAAUUGAGUAUACUGGCGUUUUUACCGACCGAAGGCAAAAGUCAUUUCAUGGGCUUCAAACCGUUACUCGAAAAUCUUGUUUCCAGAGGACAUAAUGUCACACUGGUUGCACCGUUUCCACUGGACGGUGCUAAACGGCCGUAUCGUCACGUCAAAGUGGAGAAGACGAUGGCAGACUUCGACAUGCUGAAAGUGGCGAAAUACGUGAACCUCGUACCGACGCCGGUGCACUUGUGGUGGUUUGGGCCGCACAUCAGCGAGACGAGCUUGGACAAACCGUCGGUGGCGGACUUCAUCAGGACCGACCGGUCGUCGUUCGACUUGGUGAUGUUCGAAAACUUCUUCCACGAGUGUUUCGUGGCCAUCGGACACAAGUACGGCGCCCCCGUGGUGCAGCUGCUGCCGUUCUCCGCCAACUCGAGGGUGUCGCAGUGGCAGAGCAACCCGUACAACCCCGCCUAUAUACCGGACCUGGUCAGCACGUUCGGGUCGAACAUGACGUUCGCGCAGCGCACCACCAACGCGGUGUCCGCGUUCUUCUACACGACCGUCUCCCGGCUGGUGUACAUGCCCCGGCAGCGGGCCGUUGCCGAAAAACACUUCGUUUACCCGGGACACGAAAGCCGGCCCGAUCUCAUCGACAUGCUCCGGAACGUAUCGCUGACGCUGGUCAACAGUCACCCGGUCGUCGGUUCGGCCGUGCCGAUGGUGCCCAGCUACGUACACGUGGCCGGCAUGCACUGCGUGCCCGCCGGUCCGUUGCCUGAAGACCUGAAGCAGAUAAUGGAUAAUUCUAAAGAAGGUGUAGUCUAUUUCAGUUUAGGAUCAGUGGUAAAAUCAUCCAAAAUGCCCAAGGAAACAGUGUCACUAUUACUGUCAGAACUCUCGAAAAUCGAACAGACUGUCCUAUGGAAAUGGGAAGCGGAAGACGUACCGCAACUACCCAAGAAUGUCAUCAUUCGAAAAUGGUUUCCCCAAAAUGACAUACUAGGUCAUCCAAAUUGCAAAUUAUUCAUCACGCACGGUGGAGUACAAAGCACCACCGAGUCCGUCUACCACGGAGUGCCCAUGUUAGCCAUACCCGUUUUUGGUGACCAAAAGGGUAAUUCACUACGUGCACAGUACAGAGGCAUAGCUAUACAAGUGCCGUACUUUGAAUUGACACACGAAGCGUUUGGCAGUGCACUGCACAAGCUGCUCAUCGAUCCAACGUACCGGGAAAACGCCAAAAAGUCGUCGGUCCUGUUCAGGGACAACCCGUUGCCGCCGCUGGAAAAGGCUGUAUUUUGGAUCGAGUACGUUGCCAGGCACGGCGGUGCGAAACAUCUACGGACGGCCGCCAACGACCUUUAUUGGUUCCAGUACAUGCUUUUGGACGUCCUGUUGCUGGUGUUAUUCGUGAUCGUAUUGAUGGUGUGGAUUACCAAAAAAAUGCUUUGUUGCGUGUUCAGCCGGUGUUGUCGUCGUGGCCGAAAUGUUGCCUCGCCGCCAGCAGCGGGGAAAAAAACACAGUGAUAUGAUAAUGAGCACAGCCCAAUAUGCAGUCGACUAUCGUUCCGCUCGAAGUUCAAAAAGAAAAAAAAUCGAGUUAGUAAUUAAAAAUGUCAGUGUCAAAAAAAAAAUCAAUCUAUAUAUAUAUAUAUAUUAUAAUCUAUAAAUAGUAUACCGCGUUAUGCUGAAGAAUAAUUUUUAAUAUUCGAAAUAAUAUUGAAAGUCGACUUAU